GGUCAUCGUGGUCAUCAUGGUCAUCACGGCUGCGUCUGACAACACCUCGUCGAGCCACACACUCAUCGCCGCAUCAACCAAUGUCUGUGGAGAGCCUCGAGGGACGCAAGUGCUACGAGUUUGGCGCAGCGCCAGGACUGACUGCCGAGCAGAUUGAGGCCAUGCUUGGCCAGCUGGAUGAUGGCUGGAAGGUUGUCGACGUCGAUGGCUCGAACCGGAUCCGCCGCGAGUGGAAGGUCAAGGACUUUAUGACUGGACUUGAGUUUUUCCAGCGCGUGGCUGUCAUCGCCGAGGAGCAGGGCCAUCAUCCGGACCUUCAUCUGGUUGGCUACCACAACGUCACCAUCGAGAUGUGGACCCACACUACCAACGGGCUCUCGGACAACGACUUUAUCGUUGCUUACCUCAUCGAUAAGCUCGAGGCUCCGGCGUCGGCGUAAGGGCAAAGUAAACCAGCUCGUUCACUCCCUC